UAACAGUCUUUAAAAUAUCUCAGAAAGUAUCUCAGGCGCCGUCUGAACCUUCCCAACCGGCGCGCCAUGGCGGCAUCUUCGGUUGCACGAUCCGCCACAACCCCACUCCCGCGACACGUCGUAUCGAAACCCUCUCACGCCGAUCACCUCCCCAAAACGACUUUAAGUUUCGAAUCUCGCUCCGGACGCCGUCGUAUCGUCCUGGCCCUGGCCUCUGUUCGGUCAGACGACAACACCGGAAAAAUCGACGGCGGCGGUCACAGAAAUCUGGUUGGAGGUGCUAGCGAAUUAAAGAGCGCGUUGGAGGACUUCCCCUAUGACGUAGUGUCGAAAGACCUCCGCGCUCUGCCGAGACCUUUGUCUUCGACCCACCUCUCCAAUCCGGUCUCUGAUGGCUCCCGCCUUCGCGUUGCGUAUCAGGGGGUUCGUGGAGCAUACAGUGAAUCAGCUGCGGAGAAAGCGUAUCCAAAUUGUGAAGCAGUGCCUUGUGAACAAUUCGAUACUGCUUUUGAGGCUGUUGAACGCUGGCUUGUGGACAGAGCAGUCUUACCAAUUGAGAAUUCAUUAGGUGGAAGCAUCCACAGAAACUACGAUCUUUUACUCAGGCACAGCUUGCAUAUAGUAGGGGAAGUGAAACUUGCUGUUCGGCAUUGCUUACUGGCCAACCAUGGUGUUGAAAUUGAAGACCUGAAAAGGGUUCUUAGCCAUCCACAGGCUCUUGCUCAGUGUGAGAACACGUUAACAAAGUUGGGAUUGGUCAGAGAAGCAAUGGAUGAUACUGCUGGUGCAGCAAAGCAUGUUGCUUUCCACAAAUUGAAAGAUACAGGAGCUGUUGCCAGCUCUACUGCUGCAGUCAUAUAUGGUCUGCAAAUACUUGCGCAGGAUAUUCAGGAUGAUUCUGACAAUGUUACUCGGUUCCUAAUGCUUGCAAGAGAACCAAUUAUUCCUGGCACAGAUAAGCCAUUCAAGACAAGUAUAGUCUUCUCCCUAGAGGAAGGUCCUGGGGUCCUUUUCAAGGCACUUGCUGUUUUUGCUUUGCGUCAAAUCAAUCUUACGAAGAUUGAAAGCCGUCCUUUGCGUAUGCAGCCCCUGCGAGCAUCUGAUGAUAGUAAUGGUGGAUUAUCAAAAUACUUUGACUAUCUUUUUUAUGUGGAUUUUGAAGCAUCAAUGGCUGAUCAGAGUGCACAAAAUGCCCUUCGGCAUCUGAAGGAGUUUGCCACAUUCUUGCGGGUGCUAGGGAGUUACCCAAUGGAUACAAGCAUGACAUGACCGACUGACCUACAUUGUGGUAAGAAACUUGUGAAUCUAUCAUACAUAUUAUACACAAAGUUUGAAUCCCAUCAAGCUUUAGUACUAGUAGCACCACAAAGUCACACAAUAAAAGCAAAAUCAAAACUGUAUAGUCUUCACAUUUCGUUUUGAUACUUAUCAUUUCAAAGUGUUACCGGCAAUUAUAAGAAACUUCCUCCAAUUUCAGUGUUUUUCUUCUCGGUGCAAGUGGUACAAAUUACAAUACAUGUUAGUUGAAAUUUUGUCACUGCCAUCUUUCUUCUUUGUUUUUAUAUUCCAUAGAUGUCCAAGUUCAAAUAAUUGAUCGUAUGCAUCAAUGUUUUAAGUCUGUUAUUGUAACUAUUAAAAUCUACGUUGACAUAAAAAGUUCGUGUAGAUUUUGGAAACGGUAAGAAGUUCCUAAUAAUUUUCCUAAACCUGGAUGUAGCUUGAUGUAAUUACUCUAUAUAAAUAUUUACGACAGAGACUGUCUGUAAAAGAAAGCAGCAAGUACAUUUUUUCUUCUUAA